UUCGGCGCUGGUCUCGCUCUCGCAUACGGAUGACAAUCUGCGCGAGCGAGACAGACGCAUGUUUCAAGGCGUGGUGUUGUAGUGUAUCAAGUUCUGUGAGCGCUGUUCGACCGCCAUUUUGUUAGUGUAACAGGCGUUCGAGAUGGAAGAACACGCGUGCAAAAUAGGCACAUACUGUUGGACCGAGGACAAAUGUAUAGAUCUAAUACGCAAAUUCCGAGACAAUACCAUUUUGUGGGACACAAAAUGUCCAAUGUUUUAUAAACAACAUAUCAAGAAAAAGGUUUGGGACAAUAUUGGCAGAGUUCUGAACACUACUGGAGCCGAAUGCAAGCACAAAAUGAGCAUCCUUCUGUCGUCGUUUAGAAGAGAGAAGUCAAAACUAAGAAACAGCCUUGCACGUAAUGGCUCACCAUUCCAGAGUACGUGGUUUGCGUUCAACGAACUGUCAUUCCUACUUCAAAGACACUCACAAGAAAUUCCAUUGAGAAACCAUGACGAUAGCGGUGCUGAUGCGGCCUUUAAUGAAUCGGAUCUGAAUAUAAGUGAAACUUAUUACAUACCUGAAGAAAAUUCCAUCGAUUUGAAUCUAAAAACCGAACAGACGUCUGAUGACGACGAGGCAUUAGAAAGAGAUUUAGGCGUUGUAACUACAAUUAUUGAGAACUCUACGUGCAAUAGGAGAGUAGAGGACCCCAUACGAAAUCCGACACCAGAGAGAGCGCAACAAAUUCCAAUACAAUAUGAACAAAGUUUUGUCAGAAAGACGGCUGUAACAUAUAACGAUCCACACAUACAAGAGGAGAUAUCAACAUUCGCAGCAUUCAUGGCAGCCAAAAUGAAGAAGUAUUCACCUGAAACGUUAAAUGUGGUUCAGAAGGAAAUAUGUGACAUACUUUUUAAAGCGGACAAAAAUAUUUACGACAGUACGAGCAGCGAUGGCAGUCAGAGUAACUCAAAGAAGCGAAAGCUUACAGAAGACUGAUUGAUUAUUAUGAUUAUUGAUUACAUAUUUUCAAACUUUCAACGUUGUUUUCCAAUAUCGUCCCACCAAAGUUUCGGUAUCGACAUCAGAUUUCUUCGCCCAAAGUUAUGUUCGAACAAAUCUUCUUUGAUGCAUAACUAAAUUAUAAUAC